AUGGAUGGAGAUUCUGAUAAAGAAUAUAUACCACCUACUGCUUAUCAAAAGUUUGUUGUCGAUGUGUAUAAUGUUACAUUUGAUACACUAAUCAAUAGUAUGGAAAUAAGAUAUUUUAGCAAUAGUAAAUUUCCCGCCGAUUGUGCUUUUUUACAACCUAGCAGAUUCAAUGAAAAAAUUCCCGAAGAAGCAUUUACAAAAUUAGUUGAGCAUUUAGUAUAUCGCGACGAGAGUAUAACAAAAGCUAACUUGUUAUAUGAACUACAAGACUUUUCUUCAAAAUGGGACCGCUUAAAAUUAACACUUGAUGAAGAGUACGAAUUUGAUAAUUUUAUUGACGAAGAACAGCAAUUAGAACUAAAAGAAAUCACUAACAAUUCUAAUUUAGAAAUUGAAAAAAAUCGUCAAUAUUAUGUAAUAAAAUUAAAGCGUGUCGAAAUUGUAUUUUGUGUUGCUAUAUAG